CUGGCUUCCGAUGCACCGGCAUGGAGCAGAACAGCAUCACAGUGCACCAGGGUUGCUGUAUGUGCUGUUUGGGCUCGCCGCCAUGUGCUGCUGUCAAGGAGUCAGUGAGCAGGAGCAGUGCCUCGCGUUCAGACCUGUGGAGACCCUCGCGGCCUUCAGGACUCCCCGUGUGGUCUUCCAGGCGGCCGCCUCGCCCCUCUCCUUCCCGCGGGUGCUGUCCAUUGUGGACGGGGAGUGCUAUCUGUGCCACAUACGUGAGUAUCGGCGGAUGGAGAUGAUCUUGGCUGCGGAGAUGCCCUACGUGCGCGUCAUCCGGGUGGACUCGCACCUGGUGUCCCAGGUUAUGCGACUCAAAUGGUUGGUAUGGGAGGGACUGGUGUUGGAUGUGGGAGGUGGCGCUGGUUGGUUUGUUCUCACUGGUUGGUUUGUGUGUGCACCGCACCCAGGGGCAUCACAAUGUUUCCGUUGCUGGUUCUCGUCUACGAAGGCCGCGUGCACAAACUGGCACCCGACUACCCGUAAGCGAGAUAGAUCGAAGGAAGGGACGGAGGGCUCACUGCGCCAUCCAUCCAUCCCUGCCUGUCUGUCUGUCUGUCUGGCUCUAACUCUCAGCAUUGACCCAUCAACAGUCGUGGGCUUCGUUUCAAAGAUCACAGGUGACUGGAGGCCAACGCCACUGGCAUGGCAAACACUCACAUGUAUGCCUUGCUUUGCCUUGCCUGCCAUUGCAGGGAUGGCGCCGCACAACACGACUCACAUAUGGAGGGGCUGGGACGACAUGGUGCCGCCACCCGACUGGGAAGACGCCGACAGCCCCGAAUCGCCCGUCGGGAGGCGUAGUGGUAGGGGUGGGAAUGGCAUGUCGCAUAUUUCGCUGCAGCUGUGGCGGCUGGUGAGCGGGGUGCCGGUCAACUAUGUGAUGAUGGUCUGGGGCAGCGUGGCCGUGGUGCUCAAGUGUGUGUGGAAGAGCCAGAGGCCUUCAGAGGCCGUCAAUGCCUGAAUGCGCGUGUGCGCCUUGGGUGGGUGGAAUUCGGGGUGUGUCGUGUGUCGAGGUUUGCAGGCACAAGUACAGUACAGUGCGCAUGCGUGUGUGUGUAUAGAUGGUAUGAGGUGUUUAUAUGAUACUAGCGCGAGCCCGCGCUUCGCGCGGGGAGCGCAGAGAGAGAGAGAGAGAGAGAGAGAGAGAGACCGUCGACUUUGAUGAGACCGUGCGACUUCAGAACAGCAUGGAUACAGAUGGACAGGCAUAUUUUGCCAGUGUCUGCCGGUCGAGCCGCGUCCGCAACUUCAUCGUUGUCCUCACACACACACACACACACACACACACAGAGAGAGAGAGAGACACUGAGAGUAAGGUCAAAGGAGACAGGGAUGUCUGUCGUGUCUCGCAAUCAAACGAAGCACAGGAGAC